AUGUUCCGCCUUGGACGUGUUUGGGCUGCUUCAGCCUUGGCUGCGUUGACUGUUGCUGCUCCAGCUGGACUGGUAGCUCGAGAUGGUUCUGCGGAUGUCUCUUCGGAUGUCUUGCAACAGUUGACAUUGUUUGCGGAAUACUCUGCCGCUGCGUACUGUCCGAAUAAUAUCAAUUCAACCGGUACGGCUGUGACCUGUGCUGUGGGAAAUUGUCCAACGGUUGAGAAGGCCAGCACCAAUACCAUUGAUGAGUUCGAUGAGGACCACGAGUAUGGAGACGUUGCAGGCUUCAUCGCAGAGGAUUCGACGAACAAGCUGAUUGUCGUCUCUUUCCGGGGAACGACCUCUGUCGAGACAUGGGUUGCCAAUUUGGACUUUGGAACAACCAGCCUCAGCGAUAUUUGCGAUGACUGCAAGGCUCACGGUGGCUUCUGGAAAUCGUGGGAAUCGGUUGCCGAUUCGAUCACCUCGAACGUCAAGUCGGCUAAAGACAAACAUUCUGACUAUAAACUGGUCUUUACUGGACACAGCUUCGGAGCUGCUGUCGCUACGCUGGGUGCCACGGCUCUGCGAAAGGCAGGCUAUGAAAUCGACUUGUAUACCUACGGUUCUCCUCGAGUUGGAAAUGAAGAGCUUGCCAAAUACAUCACUUCCCAGGGCACCAGCUACCGCACGACGCAUACCAAUGAUGUUGUCCCCAAGGUUCCACCGGCCUCCUUUGGAUUCAGUCACACCAGCCCGGAGUACUGGAUAACAAGUGGGGACGAAGAGACCGUGAAAUCUUCGGAUAUUGAUGUGAUCCAGGGAGUGAACUCAACAGGUGGAAAUGCAGGAGCAUCCGGGGUCAGCGUGUCUGCUCAUCACUGGUAUAUUGUUGCCAUUGACAAAUGUAACUGA